UCGGUUCUCUCUCUGUCUCUCACAUGGUCUUCUGCAUUACUCUCUCUCUCUCUGUCUCACACACACGCGCACACACACAGAGCCAACAAUGGCGAGAGCCGGGGGAAUAACGAACGCGGUAAACGUAGGGAUAGCAGUGCAAGCAGAUUGGGAGAAUCGGGAAUUCAUAUCUCACAUUUCUCUCAAUGUCCGUCGCCUCUUCGACUUCCUUGUCCAAUUCGAGGCUACAACAAAAAGAAAGCUGGCAUCAUUGAAUGAGAAGCUGGAUAUACUAGAGCGUCGUUUAGAAUUGGUUGAAGUCCAAGUGGGUUCUGCAACAGCCAGACCAUCUCUGUUUACUACCUGAUGGUAACUGGAUUGCAGCAUUGUAGAAUAUAGCUUGCAUUCAAGGAGCUUAUAUAUGGAUGAUGAGAUUUCCAGAUGUGCACAUCAAGAAUACCCUCGGACUGGGCUUCUGUAGAAAACGGUCUACAGCAUUUGCCUCAUCGGUUUUUUUUUUGGGGGUUUUCUUCCUUUUCUUGGACUUAAUAUUUUGUACUCCUGAGGACCCUCACUUGGAUCUUCCUGGUUGAAUUUUUGAUUGAUCUGAUGUCUAUGCAAAAGAUCAUUGGUUCUUUGACUAAGAUUGACAACUGAACCAAUUUUAUAGCCUACCCAUGGGAGUCUCUCUAAAAUUUGAAAAUCAAAUGGUUAUUUUCCAAUUUGGUCCUUGUGAAUUGAUGUCCUACGAGG